ACCUCUCCAUUCUCUCUAAUUUCAUUAACAUCCACAAAACUCACUCAGAAAAUGGCAAACAGCCACCUUACCAUCACCAUUUUUGCUUUCUUGCUGCUCAAGUUAUCAUAUUUCCCUUCAACAUCAGCUUAUGAAACUGGUUCAAUCAAACCGGGAUUGAACCGAGUUGAUGUAGUUGUAGAAGGUAAAGUGUACUGCCAAAGCUGUGAUCAUUUCGGUUCAUGGUCUUUAACUAAAGCCGAACCGAUCCCUUCCGCUAAAAUUAGUGUAAUUUGCAAAAACUACUUGAAACAAGUUAGUUUUUAUAAGGCAUAUCAAACUGAUAAAAAUGGCUAUUUCUAUGCACAGCUUGAUGGAUUCAAGAUUGGAAGUAAUAUUUUAGAUCAUCCUCUUCAAUCUUGUAAAGUUAAGCUUGUUUCGUCUUCAAUUGCUCAUUGUAGUCUUCUUUCGAAUGUAAACUACGGAAUUGAUGGCGCUCCUCUUCGAUUUGAAAGCAAGAUUCUUCGGAGAAAUCGUUACGAUGUUGCCGUUUACGCUGCUGGUCCGUUGGCUUUUCGUCCUGCCAAUUGCCCUCCUGAAUCUCAUGUUUGAUGUUUCUACAUUUUGAUUUUGAUGUGUUUUUGAAGUCUGUUUUUGUUGAUCUUAACUGUAUUUAACUAUGUUGUUGAUUUUGUGAUUUGAAUGAAAUGUUACUGCAGUUGAAUGCUA